GGUAACUCUCCUGUUUCUCUUUUCCAGCUCAGAUUGGGUUACAAACCUGGGGAAAGAAACAGAGAGAGAGAGAAUAAAGACAGAGACGGAAAGAGAGAGACACAGUAUUUUGGAGCCAUCAGCAAUGGACUAAAGUACCUGGCCAGGGGAGGCCUGGUUGCCCUCAAAACAGAACCUAGGCAAUGCGGAUGUGGAGUUGGAGGUGACCUAAGGCUAUUGGGUGAAGCGAGAAGAGGAGGACAACGGGACAUCAAGAGGACCUUCAGGGAGGGCUGUUCCUUCUACACUUCUCCCACAGUACAAGGAAAUGGCAGCUUUUAAGAGAUUCUGUCAUAACUCACCCACUACAAUCUAAGAAGUUGGACUGUGAGGAGUUUCUGGCUCCAGACGACUCCCUCCUUGAAUCUGAGGAGUUGAUGGUCUUCACCAGGACCUGACAGAUGUUGAAGAGACAACACACACACACCACUCCUUGAAAUCUUGCAAAUAAAAAAAGGAGAAACUUUGUAGGAACCAUCUACUAAAUAGAAGACACUGACUUAUCAAGCACCUGGCAGCCAGAGGCAGCCACCUAUAAAUCUAGCAGUUGCUGAAAGUCCUCCUUGUUCAUGGAACAGUAGAAUCCUAGAGAUCCUCCUCCUGGAAGAAGGCUAUCCAGUCCAACCUCCUUCUGCCGUCCAGAAAAACACAAUCAAAAUACUCCUGACAGAUGGCCAUCCAGUCUCUGUUUAAAAGCCUCCAAAGAAGGAGACUCCACCACCCUCCGAGGCAGCAUCAGGAAGUUCUUCCUAAUGUUUAGGUGGAAUCUCUUUUCCUUCAACCGUUUAGUCUGGUCAAGCUCUUGGUAAUGCUGUGUUUCCUUGACCCCUGGACUGGCUACAUUUAAUAGCCCUUUGUCUCAUCCCCCCUUUGGCUUUGAGUGAUGACCUCUGAACCAUCUGAGAUCUUGCCCCUGAGACUCCCUCCAUCUUCUUGGAUGGCCUCUGUGUGACUUGGACUGGAUUGCCUGCAGCAGCUUUCCUUAAAAGAAUCUGUCCCUUUGGACACUUACUGCCCAUAGACAUAGGAGAGAAUUAAAUAUCCAAUGCACACUAGCCAUUGCACAGAGCGCACCAUUCCAAUAAAAACGGAGAAGUCUAACAAAGGAGGAAUAUAAACAUAUACAUACCUUUCCAGGCAACAUUCUUGCCCUGAGAUUCUUCUCCCCUUUCCAAUCUCUGAGAUCUGGGAGCCAUAACUGACGCUCCUUUGUAUUUUACGAUGGGCAAUGCCAUAUGUUCCCCCUUGGUGGAAAUCUGGGAUGUGACCAGCAAGCUGGCAGCCCCUGAAUCUUUGGUGCUCUCUAGCUUCUCCAAGACCCAACCGUACCAUUCCCAAACUGCCUCCAAUGUGACCCAUCUUCCUUCAUUCUCAGGAGCUAAUAUCCAUGCUGAAGAGGAGGGCUCGGUGGCAGUGUCAUUCCAGGAUGUCAGCUCCAGUUCAGUGGUGGCUACGACAAGCCAUUUGUCCAGCUAGAGUCCAGGAUCUGAUAUGUAUCAGCAUUUCCCAUUAUAUCAUCUGCGGAUUUCAGACCUCUUAAGGAAGCAAGUUUCAGAUUGCUGAAGGAAACAGAAACAUCCCUUCUCUCCCCUCUGCGAAAAGCACCUAGGAUGGAGAAUGAAACCUUUGCCUCUUUCAUCUUCUUCGGAACACUUUUAGUCCUCAAAAUGUAUGUGGUGGCCAUCAUUACGGGACAAGUGAGGCUUCGGAAAAAGGCUUUUGCCAAUCCUGAGGAUGCUUUGAGGCAUGGAGGACUGCAGUACCACAGAGAAGACCCAGAUGUGGAACGCUGUCUCAGAGCUCAUCGCAAUGAUAUGGAGAACAUCUAUCCCUUCCUCUUCCUUGGGGCUGUCUACUCAUUCCUUGGACCCAACCCAACCGUGGCUCGGAUCCACUUCUUGGUUUUCUUCUUUGGACGGAUCGUCCACACUGUGGCCUACCUCCUGAAGCUGAAAGCCCCAACGCGCUCAGUUGCCUAUGUGGUGGCCCAGUUGUCCUGCUUCUCCAUGGCAUUACAGAUCCUUUUCAUGCUCCUCCAACACUGGUGGUGACAAGCCCCAGAACCUGGUGAUGCUGUGAACAUGAUGCAAAUUGGAAUUAGGUGGACCAUAGCUUCAUUCAGAUGAAGUUGAAGAAGAUCUCCAAUUUUCUUCCUGUGUUGUUUGUACAUCUGUUUGGGAUUUCCCCCCCCCUUGUGCUUAAUAUGGAACAAAACCUCCUUCUCUGUAAAUGGACUGCAUUGACCUGGAGACCUCCUCUCCUCUGGAUGGUGGUUGCUUUUGCAAAGUUUGCCUCCGUGUUGGGAGGACUGAUGUUGUGGAAGGACAGAGUCAUCCAUCCUCAGCAAUAAUAAUAAUAAUAAUAAUAAUAAUAAUAAUAAUAAUAAUAUUCUUAUGAAUGAGAAAAUAUAUUUAGCAUUCAGGCUGUGGAUUUCAGUUCUUUGUGGUUUAACAUCACCGUGAGUGAUCCCUAAGGUCUGGGCAAGCCCAGAAUUUUUUUGCUUUAAGAUAGAGGGGAGGAACGUUAGCUGUUUCUGCUGCUUGAAUCAUAAACCAUUGACUUGCAAGGUGUCCAAGCGGCCAUCCAGUUCAACUCCUGUUUAAUGCAGGAACUCCAGCUAAAGCAUCCUUGGAGGUCUUCAAGCAGAGGCUGGAUGGCCAUCUGUUGGGGAUGCUUUGAUUGUGAUUUCCUGCAUGGCAGGGGGUUGGACUGGAUGGCCCUUGUGGUCUCUUCCAACUCUAUGAUUCUAUGAUUCUAGGUAGCUGUUCAACCUUUUUUUGAAGAUGUCCAAGGAAAGAGACUUUAGGCAAGUGGUUCCAUUGUUGAACAGAGCGCUUUACUGUAAUAACUAGGUUUUCUUGCUGUGAUUGUUCAGUCCCCAACACAGAUACUAGUAGCCAAUUUGAGGAAAGCUUUUAUGAAAAUAAUAGAAUCAUAGAACAGAUUUUUGGGUCAGUCUUUGCAGCCUACACAGAGUCUCAGGGGCUCCAAGAUAUAAUGUGGACUUUCCAACCUGAACCAUUGGCACCUUUAUAGUGUCACCUACAAAGGUGGGAAAUUGGUUGGUUUCCAUGGUUUUUUCAUAACAGCCUAAGUACCCUCAAGGCACCAGAUCCCAUCUGAUCUGGGAAGCUAAGCAGGGUCAGCCCUGGUUAGGACUUAGAGGGGAGACUGCAAAUGAACCCCAGGUGCUGUAGGCUAUAUUUCAGAGGACAGGAGUUGGCAAAAGCAUCCUUACCUAAGAAAACCCUGUGAAAUUCAUGGAGUUGCCGUAAGUGGACAGGCGACUUGAAGGCACAUACAGAAAU